AUGUCUGGGACUGGAACUAUACGUUCUCACAACACAUCAGAUACUAAUGAUUCGGAGUUGAUGAGUGUUGACGGAGUCGCCAUGAACUUGAUCGAUAGUACUGUCACUGAUCAUGUGGAUGUUACAUUAGUUUCUGAUAUUGUUGGUUCGGAUGUGGACUUACAUGUCGAACCAAGUGCAGUGCAGGUGGUAGAGCCGGCAGGAUUGUCCUCCUCGACACCUAUCUUAAGACAAGAAUUAGAAACUAGUAUGACUACCCAGCAACAUCCCGUCGCUAUAAAUGAAGAACUGUUUAAUCGGUUAAGAAUGGUACUAAAUCCGUUAGGAAGGCCUAGAUCUUUUAGAAUUGUGGACUCUAAUGGAAGAAGAGAUGUCCGACAAGGGUUGGCAUCCAGUGAUCCUGCCGAAGAAGUACGAAGAUCAUGGACCAGGGUUACAUCAUUUAUCAGGGCUGUUGUGGGUCCUGAAUAUGAUAGCAUCAUUUCCUCCCAUCUUAUCGAAGCUGCUCCUCCAAUUGGGAGCCCUCCGAUUCAUUCCAUCGGUGGUGAACGGGUGAAUUCAAGAGAUGACCUUCAGGAGGGAAUCAUAAAUGAAGAUAUGGUCAUAGCUUUGCCGGCAUCAUUCACUCCAAGACCAAUCGAGGAGACUUCCUUCAUUGCGUCUCCCCCGAUCAUAUUCUAUAAUGGAUUCUAUAAUGGAUUGAGUGAAGAGCAGGAAGAAUUUACUGUUGAGGAAGAUGUUAACAAAUUAAGGUGUAAUCAUAUUUUCCACCUCGAAUGCAUCAAGCCAUGGCUCAUGAGGAGUAAAUAUUGUCCGAUGUGCCGAACAAGUGCAAGCUUGGAGUAG